CUGUGUUCUUUGUGGAUGAAAAUAGUUUGUUAGAAAAGACAUGUUUACUCCAUUUGGGAAAGUCUUUUCUUCAAAUGUACCAUCGGUUUGUUUCUCUCGUACGUUAAUCGUGUAUUAAACAUCACCUUUGUUUAGUUGUGGUCUUUUGCCUGUUGUGAUAAGAAACAAAGGAUUCGUGUUCUAUCAGUUUACCUUUCUGCCAAGUUUCUGAAUACAGGUGCGGAUGUAGGUAACCUUGGAAGAAUUUUUUUCGGUUCGCUAAAGCUCAAGGUGUUGAAAAACAAUGCUCUCUUGAGCCUUUGGUCGCGAUUCAUCACUUCAGAAACACGUGUUGUAAUCCACUUCUCUCGCACUCACGCAAUCGCACAAGAAAAGGCUAGCCUAGCGGGCGAAAAGAAAUAAACCGGGGAAAAGUCCUAUUAAGUUGCAGGCCUAAACACCCCUCCAUAAAAGUAGGUUGCGCCGGCCGGUGAGGUCACUAGAUUGCAGCACAAAGUGCGAGCCACUGACUUGAUUGACCGCCUGCCACGGAGAGGCGUGACGGCUACACAACACACUAGCGGGCGAUCCUACUACACGCUAGGGCAGAACGUUUAUUUUUUAACUGUUAUCCUCGUAACAGCAAAACACCUGAUCCGUGUGAGGCGUUAGUUAGCCACGCUUGGCAACCCGCCGGCCACACAGACCAACGCUCCCCGACCCGGACUGAGAGCACACAGGCCGCACGCUACCAGUGGUCGAAUGCGAGCCGCUAAGAACAGGAGUAGAAGAAACGCGGAAACAGUACGGUGUUCUUGUUAUGAUUGUGUUUAGACGAGUUAUCGCCUUUUAUUGUUGUGACGGGGAAGAGGUCAGUUGACUUAGCGCCCCAUUCAUCCGAUUGAUCCAAUCAGGCCAAUCUCCUGCCCUCAAGCCUCUUAUCUCGCGAGAGUCGCGACUGGUCACACGCCCACUGGUCACUUCCUCACUGGACACGACGGUUGGCCUGAGAUGACCCGCGGCUAUUAAGGGCCUUGUGAGUACCAUACAACGACUAGGGUGGAAUAAUUGAAUAUUCAGAGGAUUCAGAAGUGCCUGUGGAAAAGCAAACAUUCAUUAGUGUGGACUACCGAGUGGACUGACGCCAUCUUUGUUGUUUUUUCUUCUUUGUCCGAAUGACGGCUAACGGGGACCAAUGUUUUGAUGAAGAGUCCUGAGAGAUGUCACGCCGAAAACAAGGCAGACCUCAGCAGCGGAAAACGCUGGAUUCGC